CAUCUAGUUCGCGCCAUACCAUGCCUGUGUGUCUGUGUGUUGGUCUGUCUGUCCUGUCCCUCGUCACUUCACUCAUCUUCCUCCUCAAGGUACUCGUUGGCGGCCUCAUACGACAUGGUGAAAUCCCCACCUAUCACACGCCACGUCGACUGGGUCAGCAAUCGACACACAACACAACACACACACAAAGAGACACACACGAGACAAUGCCACCUCUCUCUGGUGUGUUUAUGCAAUCAAAUGCAGGAGAGUGAGUGCGGCCCCCACCCUGCCUACCCGCAGGUCUCCGCCCAGGUCGAGGAAGGUCGCACCCACGAGGGCCUCAUACACGUCUGCCAGCGACUUGGGAUGGUUGUCGUCCAAACUCGCCCUGCAGUCAGUACACAGCCACCCACACGCAAUGCACACAUGAUACACAUGAUACAUGCGACAGACACAUCAGAAACUGCCUGCCUGUGUGCCUGCCCGUCUGCCCGACCCUCGCUCACAUCUUUCGUUGGAACUCAUCUUCCUCCUCCCGGUUCCCACCCCCACCGCCCUCACCACCGCCUCCCUGUGUCCGCUCCAAGUCGAAUUGUCGCUGCUCGUCUUUGGUCACUGGCCGCAGGAAGUCCCUCUCACCCCUGGCCGCAGACGGGCGGUAGAUGCUGCGCUCGAACUCGGACAGAUGCUCACGCACCUGGGCGUUGUUGACGAUCAGCAGAUCCAACACCGAAGACUGCUGGCCGAGUGCCACUGCCUUGGCACAGAGGCGCCUGCAGAGGUAUCGGUUGCGGACAAGCUCGGAACGGACGCGUGUGAGGGGCCCCUCCUUGACGCGGUCGAAUAGCAGGUACAGCCAGUGGGUGACAGUCGCCUGCAGCACCCCGUCGCCGAGGAACUCCAGACGCUCCAAUGAACCAUACACCUGAACGAAUGAAUGAAUCGGCCAACACACGCAACACACGCACACACAUCGCUCACUCACUCGCUCCACGUGUUUGUCCGUCGGGCUAUCUGUGUAUGUGUGUAAGGUGUUGUCUCACCGUAGGGUCCAUGCUGUCCCUGCCCGCCGACACAUCCUCCCCCCGCACCGUCACAGCCUGCUUGAGCAGCCCCCUGUUGCGGAAACGGUACCCCCACGCCGCCUCCACACGGUCCAGCACCUUCUCCUCCCUCUCGCUCCUCGCCCCCUCACCGCCCAGGUCGCCACGCGAUGGGUCCCAGUGAGGGAGAGAGAGCGGCUCGCUGGGCACACGCACCGGCGCAUCCGCCCCAGGUCGCUCCAGGCUCCACGAGUCGGUCUGUGUGGUCAUGUCUGCGGGAAAGAGCGAUGGCCGCGCCACGUAGGUGAGGAAGUUGGUCUGCAGGAUGGAAUCGGCCACGGCAGCCGCGGCUGCAAUCGCGGCGGGGGAGCCGACAGACCGCACGUCGUGGGAGGCCGUGACGUCGCUCGAUGGGUGGUUAUGGUGGUCGACGCCGUUCAUGAGGAGGGGGGUGUUGGUGUUGUUGUGGUUGUGUGGGUCGAUGGGGGUGGUGGUGUCUUGGUGUAGGUUAGAGAGGUAGAAUGCGCCGAUGAGCGCUUCCAUGAUGUCCGCCUGGGUCUUGAAGGCGACGGGGCCCCAGCGGAGGUCGGUCAGCCGGGUGUUCUUGGCCACAAAGGUGCGGGUGUGCAGGGCGGAGUGGAGACGGGUCCGGCGGACAUGCUUCCUGGUGGACAGACACAUCAGAGAGAGACCACAUGCACACGGAACUCUGUGUGUGUGUGUGGGUGGGUGGAGUGUUCUGACUUGAGCAGUGCGUUUCGUUGGAGUGCCAUGGCGUAGAAGGACAUGAUCUCCUCGGACUCGCCAGGCAAAAUCUCCCACGCGUAGUUGACACUGACACCAUACAACACAUUAAAGAGCACAGAAUGGCGGGACAUCCAGCCAUCGGGCAUCCAUCGUGCCUACGCGAGGAACUUCAGAAUGGCGUCGCCGAGGAACUCCAACCGCUGCAACAAGGAAGCAGUCACAUCCCGCAUCCCACCAUGUGCCAUGUGUGUGGCCGCCUCGUGUGCAGUUAGUUGUCUAGUCACACACUCACCUGGUAGUUGAAUGGUUCGUCCUCCCGCCCCUCCUCGGGCGCGUAGAUGGUCUCCAUGGCCGACGGGGCCGUCAGCGCCUCAACCACACUCGACGCAUCCAGCAGAGGAAACGACAAGUCACUCACACGACCGCUCCACCGCACGCUCAGCCGGCUCCCCUCGUCCCACACGGACGCCUCCUCCACCCCACGGAUCGCUGCAUGAGCACCGCUGCUGCUGCUGCUGGUGUUGCUGGUGUUGGCCUCUUCUGUGUUGUCAGGUGUGGGCUUCGGUGGCCUUGGUGGCAUGCCGAGCCGCUCGUGUGUCUCGGGGUACAUGGGGUUCUUGAAGUUGAGGGAGGGGAAGAGGCGGAGGGCGUCGAUGCGGAUGCGCGAUGCGAGUACGAGGGCCUCCUUGACGUCGAGGGCCUUGCCGCAGGUCUCUGUCUUGAAGAUGGUGGCUGGGGUCCACGUCAGCUGCUCGUACAUGGAGGCCGUCAGCGGGUAGAAGAGCGAAUUGUCGGGCCGCUGGUACCUGACAUGACAUGGAAGGGAUGGUCAGGUCAGCUGCACCCGCAGCGCAAGGGUGGAUGGGAUGGACGUGUGCCCGAUCUGAUCUACCAACCGGUCGUAUGAGCGUGGCGGUCGAGGGGGGAGCCGAUCCAGAACCCUCUUCGGACCCUGCAAAAAGCGUGACGUGACACAGGGCAGGUUAGUUGCAUGACAUCCGCGCCACCUCCCUCACAGACAGGACGGACGGACCUGUCUGAUGUUCUCCACUUCGAGCAUGAAGCGGCCGUCGGCCCCGUCACCCGCGUCAGCGGCGGGCGACAGAUCCUCCUCCUGCACAUCCCCCGGCCCCAUCCCCCAUCUGACGUCCUUGACGCGGGAAAACUGCCAUCUCUUAUCCUUCAUCUGCGCAACGGGGUCCUCACGUCCACGGCGCAUCAGGUGCAGCAGCGCCAGACCGGCGCGACGCCGCGUCUGGCGCUCUCUCUCACUCUCGGGGUCGGUUGGCGGUGAUGGUGAUGGUGCUGAUGCCGCUGCUGAUACUGCUGGGCUGGUCUCUGAUGCUGCGUCUUGCUCGUCUUGCUGCUGCAGUCGCUGCUCGAAGGCCGUGAGCAGGUCCAUGAGUGCGUGUUGGUCGGAUGUCCGCUGCCACUGCUUAAAGAUUUCGGAGUAGGCCUCAAACAUGGCCGCGUAGGUGGGGUUCUCGCGACUGAACAGACAAGCACCACACAACACACAUAGAAUCACCCGCUCCAAGUUCAUUCUUCUGGUUGAUGAUAGUGAUAGUGCUGACGGUUGAGAGAGCUGCAGGGCACCCUCGGUCCACUGCAUGUCGGGGAGCUCGCCCGAGUGGUCGAGUGGCGCGAGGUAGAAGAAGGGCUGGCAGGACCUGACGGGGUCAGAGUCGGCUUCGUCGAGGCGCUGGAAGGGGGGCAUCUUCUUGGCCACCUGGUCCACGCUGAAGUUGUGGAUCUUCAGCUCCCGCAGGUAACGGGCCUUGAAACUCUGACAUUCGGGAGGGAGGAGACAGAGAUGCGUGUGGUGGGGUCCCCGGUGGGGCAUCAUACUGGAACAUACCCCCAGUGUGUGCAUCUCUUGCACAGAAAACGGCCGGCCCUCACCAACGGGACGCACCUCCACAACCACCUGACACACACACACACACACACACACAUACAGGCACACAGACACACAGACGGGCGGACAGAAGGGGGUCUGUGAGAGAGCCCACUCACUGCUGUGCACCCACCUUUUGUCCGUCGUAUGGGUGGAAUGCGUCGAAGGUGAUGCUCUCCUGCAGCCGACGCGGCAACAGGAUGCCCAAUGGCUGCAGCACCUGUCACUCACGUCAUGCACAGAGAACCCACCAUGACAUCUGUCACCCUCUGUGUCUCCCUCCCUCCCUCCCUCCCUGCCUACCUGUUGUCCUGCUUUGGUUGUUCCCCUCCAUCUGCCCAUGUGUCCGCCCGCCAGGAACUCCAUAGCGCUCGCACUCACCGGCCGAUACCACACCUGGUGCACGAACAACACGACGCUCCGGCAGACGCCAUUGGCCAUCUGCAGGCCAUCACUGCCGGCCGCCGGGACGAAGGCGACGUUGUUGUAGGAGAAGGCGCCCAGCGUGUCGCGAGGGCGGACCUCGGGGGACUCGACCAGCUCAAAACUGCACACGUGCCAUAUACACAGAUGGAUGGAUGGAUGGAUGGGCAGCUGGGUUCGCUUCGUCACCUACCUUCGGCGGAUGGGCGGCAUGUCAGGCGAGAGUGCGUCGACGGCGAUAGGCUGCCACUCUUUGCGCAUGUCCCUCGGCAGCUGCCUCUUGAGGAACUUUCUUUGGUCCUCUGUGGGCGGCAUCAGGCACAGGGGCAGCUCGCGCCACAGCAGCUCGACGGCGUCGCCAUCCUUGUAGUCGUCCCACCGGGAGGCCUUCUCCGGACGCUUCGCCUUGGGCGGGCGGUGCACCUUCAGAUACUCGUCCAAGGCACCCAGCUGCACACACAAGGACAUGAACAGUCAGCUGGAAGGGCCUGUGUGUCUGUCUGUCUGUAUUUCUGUCUGUCUGCUGGCUGCCGUGCCGACCGACGUCCAAGAUCUUUUUGAUGAAGUGGACGCAUCCCACUUUGCGCGCGUCAUCGGUCUUGGGCGAGUCGACCUCGGCGGAGAACUCGAGUGCCGGUGUCUGCUUCCACCCGAACACCGGCGCGCCCCCGCCCGUCUGGAGCCGCGUGCGGAACCUGAAGGCAGGGAUCCUCACCACCACCUUCCCCUGCACCGCACGCACCCAACACAUACACACACAUGUCUGUCAUGCUGACUGACACCCACCCCACCCACGAUCCAUUCACAAUCCCUCCCUCUCCUCUGCACGCGCCUGUUCUCUCUUGACGUCGAUAAAUUGAUCCAGGCUGAACUGGGGGUAGCACUCCAGGCCCCUGUCACGGUCAUGCCGCACCAGUGCGGCCCUUGUGGCCUGCUUCUGGGCGUCGAACAGCCCCAGGUGCUGCGCCAGUGCGUGCCAGAGGUCCUGUGACCGGGCGGUUGUGAGAAAGGUGUGGGAAUGCUCCGUGGGGAUCUUGAUGUUCGGCGUGAAGGUGUCGUCGUAGUACUCCAGCCGAAGACGCGACUGGCGACCCAGGAUCCUGCGGUCAGUGUCCUUGGCCACCUGAUGGAUGGAUGGAUGGAAAUGUGUACGGCUGUGUGGAUGUUGGGUGUGGAUGUUGGGUCGGUGUAGGGGGUGAGAUACUUGCUUGUGCGAGGAAGUCGACGAAGAGUUUUGUCCUCGCGAGCAGAUUCUCGUGGCCCGUGUCACCCUGGGCACCCACCCGUACGCACAUCAAAAAACAAGAGGCAAGCAUGUUUGGCGGCUGUGUACUGACUGGUACACAGCACCAACCUUGAGUACGAUGUGUAUGCAGAGAGCAGGUGUGCGCCGGGCGCGUCCACGGCCCUGAAUGUCCUCCUGAUAGGUAGGUAGGCGACACACACAGCGCAUACACCGUGACUGACGUAGCUCCUUCACACGGACGGCGAGUGCAUGUUUCCCUUCCUUUGUGUCAGUCAUGUUUGUUACCACGGGCGUCUUGAAGGGGUCGAAACGGAUCACCAGAUUGCACUGAGAGGGAGGGGAGGGGAGCGGAGGGGAACCAUCUUCUUGCUCUCUAUUUUCCCACCUGUGGCACAUCCAUGCCCUCCUCCAACACCUUGGUGCACACCUGCACACAGCCAGACGCACACACACACAUACACACACACACGUGUGAGUACACAGACAGACAGUGUUUGUAUCCGUGGCUGGCUGGCUCUGCUGUGAGUGCUUGGCUUGCAAACCAUGGUGUCGAUGGCCUUGGGAUCUGAGGGGUCCUUACGGAACCGAUCGAGCGUCAUCCGCUGCCGGUGGGCUGAUCGUUACACACAAUACACACACAUGUGUCACAUGUGCACAGAGAGAGGUGAGGUGUUUGCAGAUCAGAUUGGUGUGGUGUGGUGCAUGUUUGUGUGCCAUCCAUCCAUCCAUCCGAAAGAAGACCCAACCACACAACCCACUUACCCACUUACCCUUCAUGAUGACGGAGGUGUCCUUGCUGUUCUCGUUGACGCCCAUGAUCCACCCCAGCUUCCCGAUGCCCCGCCGCUUGAGGUACUUGUACACCACACGAGUCGUCAGCCUCGUCUCGCAGAAGACCAGCGUCUUGCACCCCGGUGCGCCGUCCCCUCCCUCCGCCCACAGGUCGCAGAAGAUGCUUCGAUGGUGCCUCACUAGUUUCUCGAGCAGCAACAGCUUCACACCCACAAACAGACGCAGCGGCUCGUCGACCGUCUCGAAAACCGACGACUCAGUCGAGAAACCGUUUGGCUGGGAGGGGGAGGGGGUAGGGGCGGAUCUGUGGCGGGGUGGCGGCGGGGUCAUGUCCAUCAGAUAGUUGUCGAUGAAGGCCUCGGGGUCGCCCGGCUGGACGCUGUCGGCCGACAGCAGGUCAGCGAGGGAUGGGGGCCGCUCCCCCUCAUAGCACACGGGGCACCUGGGGUCAUUGAGGUCGUUGUGGACGGUGCAUCUGGCGCACGCCCACUUGUUGUCUUCGGUCAGCAGUGAGGGCGAGUGACGGACGCGGGCGAAGCGCUGUGUCCUGGGUGCGAGGGCCUCGUAGCGGGGGUCCAGCCGCUCGUCGAGGCGUCUGGCGGUGCGAAUGGCUUGGUCAAGCUGGUCGUGGCAGCCGAUCCACAUGAAACGGUCCCUAAAGUGUGAUGGGUGUAGGGAGGCCCUAAGGCACAUUGGGUGUGUGUGCACUAAUGUGACGAAUCUAUAUGCUUACAGGCGUGCCUUCAUGAGGCUCUUGAUGUACAGCCACACGAUGGACCGACGCUCUGACAACACAACCACAGCCACCAAACGAGCCACUCAAUGCAAUCAAUGUCCUCGCACUCCCAUUAGUCAGUCAGUCGGUCACUCACUUGAGAAUCGUUCAGGUGGCUUGGUGCGGUAUGGCGAGUCGUCCGUGUCGUCCUCAUCCAGCUCAAGCGUCACCUCAUCUUCCUCACUCACGCGGGGCGUCACGAAACGGCGGCACGACUCACAGAAACCCCACACCUACGACACAGCCCCCGAGCCGUCCAUCCAUCUCGUUCUGCCUGUGUCUGUGUCAUUGACUCACCCCGAGAUUGUCGAGCAUUUUCAGCAGUGUCUUUUGGAUGCGCCCUAGCUGAUCCGGCAGCCGCAGCACCAGAUCGUUGAGGGUCGGAUCCCUGCUCGCAAUGAUGUCCAUGAGCUCCUCCCGCAACUCCCACUCGCAGUCCCGUACACGCGCAGCGUGCCACCCAGCGCUCCUCUCGCCACCAUCUGGUGUGCCGUGCCCCACUCCCUCCCCCUCUCCCUCCUCAUCCGACUCGUCCACGAGUCCGUCGCUCUCACGCAGCAUCUGGAGGUAGCGCCGGCGUCGCUCACGCUGCUGUUCCUUGAAGUGGGCGAAUGUGCGCUGGCGCCGACGUGCCUGUGGGAGGGGAAGUGCAGCGGCGAGUGCGGGUGAGGGGCGGUAGGCUGAGUUGGCGUCUGGCUUCUCGAGCAGUUUGAUGAUGGGUGCGAAGAGUUCUUUGGUGACGUCGACUUGGAGCUCCUUCAGGUCCACACUGUUGGUGUAGUACGCACGCACAGUCUUGCACCGCUGACAAACAAUAGGGGAGGGGAUAGCCAUACACAAUGACACCGACAAUGACAAUGAGUGUGGUGUGGUGUGGUGGUCGAGUCGAUGGCCGACUGACUGACGGUGAGGAAUUGGUCGAUUUGUUCUUCUGGCGGACUGGCCAGCCUAGCAUCGUAGAUUUGCUCGGUGUCGAGAAGCGCCUCUUUGACGCUCUGCUCAAACGCCACGUCGUUCAACAUCCGACCUGAAGCAGACGAAACGCACAGGCAUCCUAUCCCCUCCAUGUGUAUAUGUAUGUAUGAAGGUGGCACACACACACAGCACGCCUCCCCUACCCUUCUUGUCGGUGACUCCUUGCUUGAUGGGCGAUGCGGUCAGGCCGAGGACGCGGGGGAGACGCUUGGCCUGCAGCGAUUUCCGCCCCUGCACGCACCAAGGGCGGGGAGAAGGUCAUUCAUUCCAUGUGCUCUUUGGUUUCUGUGUCCAGAGGUGUCCCCACCUACCUACCCCUUGUUUGCGGAAGUAGUGUUGUUCCAUGAUGAUGCGAUAGGCAUCGUUGCCCGAGUGAUGGUGGCUCUCGUCGAACACCUGCACAGCACACAUCACAACAACCAGCACGACCAACACAACCACAGACAAGGGGUUCACCGAUAUACAGCUGGUGCGUGCGAGCCAGAUCAAACCGUGUUUUGUUUGCUCUACCUACCAUCAGGCACACGCGGCUGAGAGGGAUGAUGCCUUGGAGGAGCUUCUGCAGCAGCGCCUCUGGCGUCAUCACAAAUACCCGGUCGAGCGACUCGUCAUCGCCCGCAUCUGCAUCAACCCCCUCCUCCUCCGCAUCGUCAUACGCCUCCAGCUGCGCCAACCUGCUCACGGCAUCACCACUGUCACCGCCGCUCACACCCUCUGCCACUGCGGGUGCUGGUGCGGGUAAACCAUCCUGCUGUGCGGCCGCCUCUGCGUGUUUGGUGAGCUUGUUGAAGAGCUUGUUCCAGCUCUCCACCUCACUCCAGUCGUGGGAGGUCUCCUUGCGAUACGCCUGGGCGGCGGCCUCCUCAAACGCGUCGUCCUCAUCCUCACCCGCACCGCCACCACUCCUGUCUGCCAAUGUGUCGACCUCAUCCUGCGUGUCACGCUCCCGCCGCCGUCGGCUCGGCGCGGCCUCGCCCUGCCUCUCAGCCGACCCUCUCGGGCUCUGCCCGCUCACGACGGUGACCGAGUAGCGGCCCUGGAGGUAGUCGUCGAUGACGUUGCGCUGCUGGUUGGCGAGCAGGACCUUGUUUGCGAGAAAGAUGACGAUCUGGUCCUUGUGCUGGGGCUGCUCGAGGUACCACUCGAUGGUCAUGCAGGCGAUGUGCGUCUUGCCGCUGUUGGUGGGCAUGAACACCACCAUGUUGCACCGUUUGGCCCUCUCGAAGAGGUCCAGCUGGUAGGGCCGGGCGUGGUGCACUCGGCGCUGGGCGGCAGACGGUGGUGGCGGUGGCGGGGCGGAUAGUGCCGACAUGAUGGCGAUGGGAUACGUGAGCGGCGAUGGAUGGAUGUCCAAAAUCCUUCACACAACUCACUGGGCGGACAAGGCAAACAUCAAAGCAUCAAAAAACACGAAGAUGAGAGUCAUUCAUUUGCUGCUGUGCCGUGCUUGGUGACGUGACGCCACCUUGCAUCUCUGAUGAUCCGUCAUCGACUAACCUUGAGAUGGACCUGAUCUCGGACCUGAUCUAUGGAAAAUGCAGCGUAUUCCUUCAGAAAAGGCUUUAUUCGAAAAGCCUGGUUUGGUUCGGACUUAC